CGGCUGCUCCUGCGGGACUCGCCGACCCCUGUGGGCUGCGGGAGCCCAGCGAGCCGCGGAGCGCGGGGAGACGCCCCUGCCCAGCUGUCCUUCCCGUCCCCGCUGCCGGAGUCGGCCCUCACGGCUGCGGCCGGACCCGCGCCCUGGAGCGGGUGGCACCUGCCCCGCCGGGCCUCGGCGCUCCGCCCUGUCCCCGAGCCUCCGCUGGGCUCCUCCCGGCCGGAGCGGGGGCAGCCGGGCCUGGCAGCGCUGGCUCUUGUCCCCGCGGGUCACUCGGGGCCGGCUACAGGCUGACAGGGGCAGCGGGGGGCCGCGGCGGUACAACCGGGCCCGGGCUCGCUGCGUGCACUGGGCUCAGCUACUCUGCGCUCGCUGUGUGUGCUGUCUGGCCCCUUCACGGCAAGUGAAGCUCCGUGCUGCAGUGCUGCUGUCAGGAGUGUGAGAACAAGGCUUUUAGGUUUUCUUUGUAGCUGGUUAAGUAUUCUCGUUAUUUUUUAACAUAGUCAGUAGAUCGGUAGCUGAGUUGGAAAGGGGAAAGAACUGUAUGCAGUUCACAUUUUUCUCCCAUCAGUAGUGUCUGAGUGUUUUCCUGGCAGGCAAGAAAAGCUUGUCCUCGUGUUCCCCUUUUAGCACAAUCAUCAUAUGGGUAUUUGUGAAAUAAGUUCUAUAAUCUGGGCUUAUCAAGAAAUUAAAUUUCUUAUUCUGUGAAAUGUCUCGGCUGACAGAAAGAACUGAUGUUUCCUGCUGACAGGUUGUUUGUGUAUGGCUCCACUUUAUCAAUGAUUUGGAUAAUUCCACUGUGUUGUGGGCUGGGAAUUCAGCUUCCUCAUAUCUUGCAUGCUUUAUGUGAUUUGCAGUUGAUCCCGUAAGUUCCCAGAACAAAUAAGGCAAUUUUCCAUUGAAAAUUAGUGAUUGCAAACAAAAUGUGGUAAAUAACAUCCUAACACAAUGAAAUUAAUUUUUAAAGGCUAUUUUGUUGAUUCAGUGGAAACAGAAAUCCAAGAACUUCAGGAAAUAAGUUUUACCAGUACCUCAAAGUAUAUUUUACAGUUGCAUCAGCACAUGUUCAUUUCUUUUUGCAUUGCUCUUGUUUUUCAGUUCCUCUUUCUUUAUGUUUCCCUUUUUGUUGUUUUAGGUUAAAUUAAUUAUUUCUGCAACAGAGCUUCUUGCAGAAGGACCACCACACUGGUUUGCACUUAGGAAAAUAUGAAAAUAAUCAGGGAGCGUUGUUCUCUCUGAACUAAAAAAAAAAAAAAAAAAAAAAAAAAUUAUCUGUGCCUUGCUGAGAACAGCUGCAGGAGUUGGACACUUGAAUCAAUGUUAUCGGAUGAGUUAGAAUCCAAACCUGAGCUGCUGGUUCAGUUUGUUCAAAAUACUUCCAUUCCACUGGGACAAGGACUGGUGGAAUCAGAACCAAAAGACAUCACCUGUCUUUCUCUGCUUCCUGUUACUGAGACCUCAGAAUGCAACAGACUCAUGUUGCCAGAUGAUGAAAGAGAUCUCACUUCUCCAAGUCACACUAAUUCUUCCAAAGAUGUUUCUUCAUCUGCUGUCUUGAGAAGUCUCCAGGUAAAUGUAGGCCCUGAUGGAGAGGAAACAAGGGCACAGAAUGUUCAGAAACCAUCUGAACUUCUGUCAACUCCAGAAACUUCUAGUUUAUUGCAAGACCUCCAGCCCAGCGACAGCACUUCAUUCAUUCUUCUCAACCUAACAAGAGCAGGGCUGGGGUCUCCCACAGAGCACUUGGUGUUUGUUCAAGAUGAAGCAGAAGAUUCUGGAAAUGACUUUCUUUCUCAUGACAGCACAGAUAGCAGUACCCCAUGGUUCCUACGAGUGCAAGAAUUGGCCCAUGACAGUUUAAUUGCUGCCACUCGGGCACAGCUCGCAAAGAAUGCCAAAGCAAGCAAUAAUGGUGAAAAUGUUCAUCUUUGCACAGGAGAUGGGCAGCCAAAAGAUUCAAGCCCCAUUCCUCAUUUAUCUCGUGUGGAAAGGAAGCUGAAGUGCACAGUUGAGGGCUGUGAUAGGACAUUUGUAUGGCCAGCUCACUUCAAGUAUCAUCUGAAAACACACCGGAACGACCGCUCCUUCACCUGCCCAGCAGAAGGUUGUGGAAAAAGUUUCUAUGUCUUGCAGAGGCUGAAGGUGCACAUGAGAACUCACAAUGGUGAAAAACCCUUUGUGUGCACAGAACUGGGCUGUGGCAAGCAGUUCACAACAGCUGGAAAUCUGAAGAACCACCUACGAAUUCACACUGGGGAAAAACCCUUUCUGUGUCAGGCACAGGGAUGCGGUCGCUCCUUUGCUGAAUACUCCAGUCUUCGGAAACAUUUGGUUGUCCACUCAGGAGUGAAGCCCCAUCAGUGCCAAAUUUGUGGGAAGACAUUUUCCCAGAGUGGUAGCAGAAAUGUGCAUAUGAGGAAACACCACUCCCGAAUUGGAACAGCUGGCAGCAGGGAGCGAGAACAGCCAGAGUCACUGAUGGGCAGCAGUUUGCUGGAAGAAUCGACAGUGCAUAGUAAGAAUCUCAUCUCCAUGAACUCUCAGCCCAGCCUUGGUGUUGAGUCUCUGCACCUGCCAGACACUGAGUCAAUUAUUGGAGUAGAAGAGGGCGAGACCAGCUGCUCUUUUUUCCGCCCUCUUAUAUGUGGUGACUGAGACGGGAUCGAUCAUUCCCCCUUGAGGCUCAUCAUAUUGCAGUGGGAUGAAUGAACAUUGCUUUAACUGUGCACAGAGGGGUGGGUAGAUAGUGGAUGAAUCCUAAAACUGGAGAUGGAGAAGAUCUGCUGGACCAAGUUUCUCUCUUGCAGAGCUUAAAAGGUGAAGUCUGCUGCUUAGGUGUCACUUAGCCCAUGUUGUGGAACGCCAUUUCAAAACUGCUUAUGCAGUCCAUCUCCUAAAGCCUAAAGUGUUUGUUUUGCUGGAGCACCUAGGAGCCCCAGCUAAGGACCAGGACCUCAUUGUGCUAGGCACUGUUCAAAUAUUCAGUAUCUUGAGCAACAGGCCUUCCUUCCACCCUUUACCUUCAGAGACUAUAUUCUAAUACAUCUCACUGUCAGAAGCUGACUUACUAUAUGAAUAAAAUGUACUACUUGAUAUCA